CUCUCUAUCUCUCUCUCUCUCUCUCUUUCUCUCAUGUACUCAUGUUGUUUGGAUAUGUUGCAGAGUUAUUCCCAGGACUCUAAUGCCUAGAGAGAUCACAGGAGAGCCCGUAGGAGAGGUGAGGGCUGUCUCAGGAAUGCACCAAAGGAAGGCCGAGAUGGCCCGCCAAGCCGAUGCCUUUAUAGCUUUGCCCGGUGGCUAUGGAACCCUGGAAGAACUCCUGGAAGUGAUUACUUGGGCUCAGCUCGGGAUCCACGACAAGCCUGUGGGAUUGCUGAACGUUGACGGCUACUACAACUCGUUGCUCUCCUUCGUCGACAAGGCUGUGGACGAGGGAUUCGUCGCGCCCGCCGCACGCCACAUCAUCAUCUCUGCACACACUGCCCACGAGCUGUUGUCCAAGCUCGAGGAUUACGUGCCGAUGCAUGAAGGAGCCGCAGCGAAGCUGAGUUGGGGAGUGGAGCAGUUAGGGCACCCACCCAAAGUGGACAUCGCCCGUUGACCUCGGCCCUCCCCCACUCCCUCCGGUACACGUUGACCAACCCUCGUUCCCGAGGCCAUUCUAAAUUUUAUUUCUCUCUUUCCUCUUUCUUCUGCUCACGUCGGUCAUCGAUGCCCCUCCGGUUCAGCUUUUUUUUAACUGCUUUGGUUGUAGAAGUGGGUCCCACCGGUGACAUGCCCUCGUCACCUUCUGUUCCGGUGGUUGACUUUUUUGACCUCAGACCGUGGGGUCAGAUUAAAGUUGGAAUCACCCAACAGGAAGUCUUGUCUCCUUCUGUCGGUAACCCUUUUCUUCCUCUUGUUCUGAUUCCUCCUCCGCUCGUUAAUCUCCCAGCUUGAUGUGUAGAAAAAAGGUUCUUUGUUCUCGAGUGCACCACGAUGUAUUAUCCCGUUGUUUGUUUGUUUGUGAUGAAAUAAAAACCUGAGCCGAUGUUCCCAUCAGAGGGACACUUGGA